AUGACUACAAUCACAUAAGAAUAUCCUUUGGAUGUAUUCCAAUCAUCUAAUUUUCAUAAAGUAAUAAUCACUGUAUUUUAUCAUAAUGACGAUUAUAAGACAAGAUUAGAUAAAUUAUUAUAAAUAAUGCCUCUUGAAGUUGAGAAGUAUGCUUUAUCCUAUUGUAAUGAUGAAUAAAUAGCAAGAAGUCAUAAUAUAUAACAAUUGCCUUCUGUUUUGAUUUCAUCAUAUCCUAAACUAAUUAAUAACUAAAUAUUGUGCCUGGAACCUGCCCAGGUUUUAAUAUAGUUAUAGAGCAUACAUGAGCAAUUCGAAGCUGAAUUUUAAAAGCAAUAAUAGCAGUAUUUUCAAAGGAUAGAAUCAAUGAUCAAAGAAAAUCCAAUAAUGCUUUUUAUUGUAGGUACUCCAGAAAAGCCCAUGUGUAGGUUUACAUCAAAGCUAAUUUAAAAACUGCAACCUUUUGGUGUCCAAUUUGGAUUCUUUGAUAUAGAAAUUGAUAAACUAAUGGUUGGCUAUUUAAAGCUCUAUUCAAAAUGGUAGACCUUCCCUUAGGUAUUUGUGAAUGGGAAAUUAAUCGGAGGAGCAGAUGCAACAGUUGAAUUAAUUGAUUAGAAGAAAUUUUCUGAAUUGAUACCAAAGGAUGCCUUCAUGAAUAAGACUUCCAAGUUGGAGUAGAUUCAGCUUAUAUCAAAAUACAUAAUAUUAAUAGACGGACAACCAGAUUUAAAUUGUGAAAUAGCUAGAAUCCUGACAGAGAAGAAGAUUCCUUUCCAGUUUUACAACAUUGGAAUGGAUUAAGAGUUGAGAUCAGAAGUUUUAAAUUUCUUAUCUAGUUAUAUUGAAACAUCCCAUGAUUUGGAGCCUCUACUCUUAUUCAAAAAUACAAUAUAUAAUGAAAUAACUUUAAAAAAAGAAUUGAGUAUUUUAUAAUGAUAGAUGGUUAAUUACAAUUAUUUUAUAUA